AUGGACAGAGACCCGAAGCAGUAUUUUAGCUCUCAGUUUGCAAGAAAUUCAUAUCCGAAUAAUUUUCAAGGUCAAGGGGAUCAGAAUUUAAGCAAUAGUACACAAUUUGAUUAUUAUCACUUCGAAGCACCCAUCAAUCAAUCACAAGAUCGAAUGAUUUAUAGCCAAAGAGAUGAGGUUUAUAGAUAUAAUGAAUAUAGGCAGGAAGAGCCAGUUUCUCGAUCAUUAUAUGCAGAUUCACAAGAACCAUGAGCAAACUAUAGAGAUAUUGAUCCACAACAUCAAAAUUUUUCAGGACAAAGGAAUUUCGAUUCAGCAAUUCGAGAAGAUAACGAAGGAUUUGUUGAAGUAAAAAGCAAAAGAAGUAAUAAAAAAAGGAAUCCUGGAGCAAGCGAUCUAAAACCGUGAAUGAUGGAAAUUUUUUCCAAUAUUUCAGAAAAGGUAAUUGCGGAUGCUAUAGCGAAAUUUAAAGGAGAUAUUAAUCAAAUUUGUGAAUAUUUAGCUGAGGAAGGAGAAAAAGUUAGCUCUCCAGCCAAAGCUGAAGCUAAAGAAUUUAAUAUGUUUACUUACAAGACAAAACCUUGCAAAGCAAAAGAAAAAUGCUUACUCCCCCCCUCCGUGAGUGAACAAAAAAAAUUUUGUUCACUCGCGGAGGGGGUUAAUUUUUUUUUGUUUAAAAAAAUUUAUUUUCGAAAUUUUUAAAAAAAAUCCUAAUUUGCACAAAUUGGAAAGCAAAUAUAAACUUAAUUUAUAAAAUUUAUGUUUUUAAAAGGCAAUUUGUUUAAAAUUAAACAGAAUUAGCUCGAGAUUUCAUUAUAAUAAUUAUCACUUAUAUAUCCAAAUCUUUUUCCAUAAAAAAAUGUUUUCUAUUAAAAAAAUUUUUGUUCACUCACGGAGGGUGGGUUUUUGGGCAAAAAAUAGGGAUUUUUCUAAUGGUUUUGUUCACUCACGGAGGGGGGGGGAGUUAGUCUCCCCCUUUUAAAUUGAACAAAAAAUUUUGUUCUAAUUUAAAGAGAUUAAUUUUUUUUUAAAAAAAAUAUAAUCUGAAUCCAUAUUUUUUUAAUCUUAUAAAGAAUUUAAUCAGCAAAUUAAUUGAUUUAGUGUGAAAUUAUUUAAAUAAUAUUCUAUUUGCAGCUUUUCCAUUAAACUAGGUGAAAACUCUUUUUAUAAAAUAUGUAUUUUCACCUAAAUAUUUUCCUAAUUAUUUUAAAAAGCAAAUUUGAUCCAAUUUCAAGGGGUUUAAAGUGAAAUUUUUCUAUUUUUCCUUCAAAUUCUAAAGGGAGAGCUAAAUCCUUAUUGCCAUUACUAUCACUUUUUAGGAGAAAGACGAAGACCUCCUAACACAUAUCCUUAUUCCCCAGAACUAUGCAGCCAAUACAUGAAUUGCCCACAUCAAGACUUAUGUAGAAAAGCUCACAAUCCAAAUGAAGUUUUAUAUCACCCUCAAGUAUUUGUGACGCAGCCUUGCCCUUUGCCAAAGGUAGGAGAUCUUUGCAUUGAAGGAUCAAGGUGCCAUUUUAAACACUCAUCAGGAAAUAGUUCGCUUUUAGAAGAAAUAAAUAGAUUGAAAAUUGCAGAUGAAAAUAAAAAAAGAGAGCUAGGCAGAGUACUGGGAGAUUUAAGUAGCAAAAAGAAAGAGAAGGAUGAAAUGAGCGUGAAAAUAAAAUGCUUGUAUUGUAAAGAGAAAAUACGAGAAGUGAUGAGAAUUCAGUGUGGGCAUGCUCUUUGUGGGGUUUGUGUACAAGAUGUAGUUUGCAAAGUUUGUGGCAAAGAAGGAAUUGUAGUACCUAUAAAUUUAAAUGGAAUUGUGUUCUAA